AUGGUUCGAAUAAGUAGCUUUUUAUCCAAAGAACAACAGGAACAUAUGAUAACGCUAAUACGGAGAAAUAUGGAAUGUUUGGCAUGGGAUUAUUCAGAAAUUCCUGGAUUAGCGCGGAGGUUGAUUGAGCAUCGGUUGCCCAUAAAAAAUAGUUUCAUGCCAUAUAAGCAACCACCCAGGAGAAUCAAUCCUGAACUGCUCCCUCAGAUCAAAGAGGAGUUCAAGAAGUUAUUGAAAGCAGGCUUCAUCCGACCUUGUCGGUACGCGGAUUGGCUGGCAAAUAUAGUUCCUGUAACCAAAAAGAAUGGGAAGAUUAGGAUAUGUAUCGAUUUCAGAGAUUUUAAUUUGGCAACUCCUAAAGACGAGUAUGUCAUGCCCGUGGUAGACAUGUUGAUUGACUCGGCUGCCGGGUAUAAGAUUUUAAGUUUGAUGGAUGGAUAUGUUGGAUAUAACCAUAUAUUUAUGGCAGAAGAAGAUACUCCAAAGACUGCGUUCAGAUGCCCAGGGGCAUUGGGAAUUUACGAAUGGACGUCAAUGAAGGUGUAUAUUGAUGACGUGAGAGUAAAAUCGGCCGACUUCAGCACACACUUGGGUGACCUCGAGAAUGCCUUUGCUCAGAUGAAGAGGAAUAUAAGUGGAUGCCAACAAGGCCAAAGCAAUUCGGGUAAUUCGGCCGCCUUGAACCAUCAAGGAGGUUCAAAGUUUCCUGGGAAAGCCGAUUUUAUUUGGGGUUCUGAGCAACAUGAAGCGUUUGAAGCGAUCAAACAGGCGUUAGCAGAACCCCCUGUAUUGGUUCCUCCAAAAGAGCAUUAUAUCCUGCCAAGGGAAAUUGAAGUGGUCUCCGAAGUGGACUUGGUCAAGUUGCUCUUGCACCAACCUACUAUGCAAGGGAGAUUGAUGAAGUGGGCUAUCAAACUGGCCCCAUUUUCUUUAAAAUACAGACCACUCAAAGCAAUGAAGGGUCAGGCGGUGGCUGACCUAUUGGUAGAAUUUACUAGAAGUGAGUCUGAGGAUAACGAACUAGUGCCUUAUAUAGGAAUUAUUCCCUGGUGGAUGUUUUUCGAUGGAUCUCGGGCAAACAGAAGAUCAGGACUACAGAUGGAAGAAGUGACCCACAAUUCUGCUGAGUAUGAGGCAUUGAUUUUGGGGCUAGAGAUGUUGGUGGCAAAGAAUGUUCAGUCAGUUGUCAUUUACGGAGAUUCAUAG